GUGUAAAUGAGGGGGAUGCAGUGCUCAAAGUGUGCUGGGAUCUAGUUGAGACACCAGUCUCAAGUUCCCAUUUCUCUCUCAUGCUGCCUCUCCCACUACUCUGUGAUCUGUCUCUUGUUUUCUCAUCUUUGCUUCUGCAUCCCUUUUACCGCCUCACCCCUGCACAUUAGUGAGCAGCAUUUAUCCUCUGCGUCUGUUUUCUCUUUGCAAUGUCCGCUCUUUGCGUCGCCUAAAAGUCACCUGCCCUCAACAUGGACAUCGGAGGAUUGACCACAGUGGUAGCAAAUUCUGCUUAUAUCAAUGCUCGUGGAAGCAUCGAUGGCUCAGCAGCAGCAGCUCGUGAUAAGAAGUACCAUUCUCGCCUCAAACUGCCCCACAUCACUGUGUGUGAGGACCUGAGGGACACCCUGGAUAUUGCCUUUGACGUAGUCUGCGUGGAACAGCCCAUCGGUAAACGUCUCUUUAGGGAAUUCUUGGAUGCAAAUGCAGAGUAUCACGGGGCUUGCCGUUUGUGGAAAGACAUCGAGGGGUACGACCUGGCGGAGGAUUCUGACCGGGCAAAGAAGGCCUCAAAGAUUGUCGAUCGUUACAUGGACCCCGCUGCCAAACACUACUGCCCGUACCUGUCUGAGGACAUCAUAGCUAAGGUGAAGGAAAGCCAGGAGGCUGCAGGUGAUGAUUUGUUUGCGGCAGCAUUGGCCACAACGUUGGACUUUCUGCGCGAUGCUCCCUACACUUUCUUCAUGGAGAGUUUGUACCUGAAGAGGUAUGUGCAGUGGAAGUGGCUUGAGAUGCAGCCCAUGGAUGCAGACUGGUUCCUAGACUUCCGUGUGCUGGGGAAAGGUGGGUUUGGGGAGGUGUCUGCCUGUCAGAUGAAAGCCACAGGAAAACUGUACGCCUGUAAGAAACUCAACAAGAAGAGGCUGAAGAAGAGGAAAGGCUUUGAGGGGGCGAUGGUGGAGAAGAGGAUUCUUGAGAAGGUUCACAGUCGCUUCAUUGUGUCAUUGGCGUAUGCCUUCCAGACAAAGGACGAACUUUGCCUGGUCAUGACCAUCAUGAAUGGAGGAGACCUCAAGUACCAUAUCUACCUGGUGGAUGAGAACAACCCGGGGUUUGACGAGCCCAGAGCCUGUUUUUACAUCGCUCAGAUCAUCCAAGGCAUGGAGCACCUCCACCAGAAAAGAAUCAUCUACAGAGAUCUCAAACCAGAAAAUGUUCUGCUAGAUAAUGAUGGGAACGUGCGUAUAUCUGACCUGGGUCUUGCCGUGGAGCUAAAAGAAGGCAAAACACAGACCAAAGGAUAUGCUGGGACACCAGGGUACAUGGCUCCAGAGAUGCUGAAAGGAGAGAAGUAUGACUCCUCAGUCGACUACUUCACUCUUGGAGUGACACUGUUUGAGUUCAUCGCUGCUAAGAACCCGUUCAGAAACAGGGGCGAGAAGGUCGAUCGUGAGGAGAUGAAAGAGCGCAUGCUGACACGGGAGGUGACAUAUCUGGAGAAUUUCAGUGAGCAUACAAAGACGCUCUGUGAUGGGCUGAUGGCUAAGGAGGUUGAUAAGAGGAUGGGUUUUAAGAAUGGAUGCUGUGAUGAGAUCAGAGCGCACCCAUUUUUCAAUGACAUCAACUGGAGGAAACUGAAUGCAGGUAUUCUGCCUCCUCCUUUUGUCCCGGACUCUAAAGUGGUGUACGCUAAAAGUCUGGAUGACGUCGGGGCUUUCUCCUCGGUGAAGGGAGUGGCCUUGGAUGACCCUGACAAGACCUUUUUUGACGAGUUUUCCUCCGGCAACAUCCCCAUCCCCUGGCAAGAGGAGAUGAUCGAAACGGGCAUUUAUGGAGAGCUCAACAUUUGGGGUCCUCGUGGCAGCGUCCCCAACGACCUCCGCAGGGAGUCCAUACUAGAGCAGCCAAAGUCAUCAACCUGCUGCAUAUCGUAGAGUCAUUGAAACACC